GCAAUAUUUUUUUUCUUAUGACCUUUACAAGGGACAUAAUUCUCACCGGAUCCUGGCCUCUGCUGUUCACAAAAAUGGCGUCUGAAUCUACGAAGCAGUUCUACAGUUCUAGUGCCAUUCAUAGUGUCCAAUAUUGCUGCUGAAUGUUGCAUGCAAAAAGUUUAAGGAAAAAUGAAGAUAGUUUGUGUUGUCAGUGAAAAUGGUGAGGAGAAAGGUCCAGCUGUUAGCAGUGAGCUAUUGUCUGCAAGAGAAAAAGCAUUCAAAGAGCUGCAAACUGUAGUCAAAGAAGUUAAAGGUGAUCUUGAAAUAGUGCCUUUUCAAAAGUUGGACUUUGGAGAAACAGCUGUGCUUGAUACAUUUUAUAAUGCAGAACUGGCUGUGGUUGAUAUGUCUUUGCCUUUGCAGCAGGCUCCUUUGUUUUAUCACAUUGGAAUUCGACAGUCUAUGGGAAUGAAACAUAAUAUUGUCACUGUUUAUGACUCUGAUCCAGAAAUGUCUUUAUCUUUAAGGAUGUCUUGCCAGGCUGGCAUCCUCUUUCUGCCAUAUCAGAUAGAUGGCAGUGGCUUGUGUGUUGUCAGUGACCCAGGUGCCACGAGAAUGUCUGAGUUGUGUGUUAUUCAUCCUGAGGCCGUAGCUCUGGGGAAGAAGUUGAAAGCUAUGAUUGAUGACAUGGACGAAGAUAACAUGGUCCACGCUAAAGAAAGAUUUUUAAGUGAUUUACGAAAAGCAAGAGAAACUUACAAAGGGGAGGAUCUCAGACAGGCUUUGAUUGGAAUGAGGAGAAGACUUGAUGAUCCUCAGCUGCUUACAGUGGACACAGUUUUUAAUAUGCUCAUUUCAUUUAGAGAAGUUCAGGAUUACAAGGCUAUGGUUAAGCUAGUAGAGGAUGUUAGCACAUUUCCAUUUAUUAAAAUUGACCAUAAUGCAGGAAUUCAGUAUCUUUAUGCUUUCUCUUUAAAUAGGAAUGGAAAUCGAGAAAAGGCUCUGUCUGUAAUUUUAAAGGCUACAGAAAAAUCAGACACACCUGUUCCUGACAUGAUUUGCCUAUGUGGUAGGAUUUACAAAGAUAAAUUUGUGGAUUCUGACUACACAGAUCAAGAUGCUUUGCACAAUGCUAUAACUUGGUAUCGAAAAGGAUUUGAAGUACAGCCUAAUGAAUAUGCAGGAAUUAAUUUAGCAACACUUCUCGUUAUAUCAGGCAAAGACUUUGCAACUUGUUCAGAACUUCAAAGGAUUGGUAUUGCUCUAAACAAUCUUAUUGGCAAGAAAGGAAGUCUGUCAUCAUUAACCAACUACUGGGAUGUGGCUACAUUUUUUGAAAUCAGUGUUUUAGCUGAAGAUUUUAAUAAAGCAGUUCAGGCAGCAGAUUGCAUGUAUAGACUUGAGCCCCCAGAAUGGUACUUGAAAUCAACAGUAGGCAACAUUACUCUUAUCAGUAGAUUCCGUAAAAGUAAAAACACCAAUACAUCAAAAAAGGAGAGCCAGCUUUUCAACUUUUGGAUGGAUUUUUUCAUUGAAGUUUCAAAACCAGUAGCUGAACUAACUAGCAGCCAAUUUCCUGUUCUUUUGCUUGAACCUACUAGGGAAUUCAUUCCUAGCUAUAUUCAAGUUAAUGCUGAAAUCCAAGAAAAGAAUGUGCGCUUAUGGCAUGUGUGGCAAGAUCCCAAAGAUCAUCGCCCCAAUGACUGGACAUUUCCUGCAGAUACUAUUAAGAGAGUUAGCUUGUACAAGAGAGACUCCAGGGCCAUCUUUCUGUAUGUGCAGGACAUCUCUGAUGAUGACUACCAUAUUUUCUUCUCUUCUGAUGUCCAGGCACAGAGGUUUUAUUCUAUGAUGAGUGAGCUGGCUACAAGUCCUGAUUGCUUAAUUGAUGAAGAUGAUAUAGAAGAUGUAGUUGAUUAUGUGUAUGAUCUGGAUGAAAAGGGAAAUCGUAUUUUGCUUGGUAAAGGAACAUUUGGAGCUGUGUAUGCAGCCAGAGAUAAAAAGACACAGGUGAAAGUUGCUGUCAAGGAAGUGCCUGAGAAAUAUCACCAAGAAGUGCAGCCAUUACAUGAAGAAAUCAAGCUCCACAUGAGGCUCAAUCAUAAAAAUAUAGUCAGAUAUCUUGGCUCGGUCAGUGAAGAGGGUUACUUUAAGAUAUUCAUGGAACAAGUUCCUGGAGGUAGUUUGUCUCAAUUGCUUAGGUCUAAAUGGGGUCCUUUGAAGGACAGUGAGGGCACCAUAGCCUUUUACACCAAGCAGAUUCUGGAAGGGCUUAAAUAUUUACAUGAUAACAAGAUUGUGCAUAGAGAUAUAAAGGGAGAUAAUGUCCUUGUCAACACCUACAGUGGUGUCCUGAAAAUCUCAGACUUUGGAACUAGUAAACGCCUAUCUGGCAUCAACCCUUGUGCAGAUACAUUUGCUGGUACAAUUCAGUAUAUGGCCCCAGAAGUGAUUGAUAAAGGAAUAAGGGGAUAUGGACCUCCUGCUGACAUCUGGUCUCUUGGCUGUACCAUUAUUGAAAUGGCUACUGGUAAACCACCUUUUAUUGAGCUGGGCUCACCAGAAGCUGCCAUGUUCAAAGUGGGGUUCUACAAGAUGCAUCCUCAAAUACCAGAAUCUAUGUCUGCAAGAGCUAAAGAAUUUCUUCUUCGCUGCUUUGAGCCAGAACCACAAGACAGAGCUACUGCUGGGGAACUCCUGGAACAUUCUUUCUUGUAUGAGAAUCUUGGAUCAAGGAGAAAAAGAACAAGAAAGUAUAAGGAAGACCAGGAGCAUCGAGACUUCUUGAGAAGUGUCUCAGAACCAUUGGGUAAAGGUAAAAACAUGGAUGAACUAAAACUGAGGAUACCAAGAAUCACAAAACUACGUACAGAAGGGUUUGGUAGCCAGGAAAAUCUAAGUGAUGAUCUAGACACAAUUGAUGAGGGACGCAGGCAUUUCAAUAUACCCAUGACAAUUCUGACCCCUGCGUCCAGCACCACAGACCUCAAUACAUUGGACGAUCACCCCAGUCAAGACUUCAGGCGACGAAGUCUUUCUGAUAGUCAGGCGAGGGCAAUUCGCAGAAGAUUUUAUCUUACUUCACCCCAUCCACAAAGUCAAAGUGCAAGCUCUGAAUCCAACAUGUCAGCAGAUACCAGCCCUGUACAAACCUAUCUCCUCUCACCUGAUAUAGAGUCACAUGAAACCUCUUUUUCUAGAGAAGGAGGAUUUUACCUCCUGAGGAAAGACUCUGAGAGAAGGCAGACACUGGUGCAUAUUUUGGAACAAGAUAGGGAAAAAAUUUGUUCUAACUGGUUGGAGAUGCUACACAGAGAUGCUACAAUAUCUCGACCUAAACUUACAUCUGAUCAUUUAGUUUGUAUUUUGAUGGGAAUCAAAGGCUACAUUUUAGACCAGUCAACUGCAUCGAUAAAAAAUGCAAUAGAUAACCUGAGAGAGUAUGUACAGUUUGAUGCAGCAGCCCUCAUGGAAAUCCAGCUAGCUUUAUAUGUCUUUCAAGAUGCAGUGAGCAUGAACCUGAGAGAGCACAGCAUCAAACCCCACUGGAUGUUUGCCUUAGACAACCUGCUGAGGGGGGCUGUGCAGGUGGCCAUCACAAUACUCUCCCCUGAGCUGGGAGCAAACCUAGCUGGUGUUACCAAAGGAGAUGAAGAUGUUGUCACCUCAGGUGUUUCCUCUGCUAAUUCCCUAAAGGCCAUAGCAUAUCGCAAGCAAGCCAGUCAGGAGUUGGAGAUUCAAAGCUCUCAGAUACAGGAAGAAAAUUUAAGACUCCUGCAUGAGCUUGUGGAAGCCCAGAAACAGUACCAGGCACUUAUACAACAGAGUCUACAAGAAAAGAAACUUUCUAUUUUGCAGCUCAGGGUAAUUUUAACUGGAGAGGGUAGUCCAAAUGAUUCAAGAGAGUCCUCGCCAGCCCUGGCAGAUACAACCCAAAACACUAGUGAUAUUGACCAGCCAGAUUUCUCCAGUUAUGACCAAGAUUUGGUCAACUGGCUACAAAAUCUCAGAUUAGAUGCACAGGUCAUUCAAACUAUUUGUGAAGAAGAGUACACAUUGAAUGAUCUGCUAGAGUUGGUCACAUGGCAGGAUAUACAACAUCUCAAGAUGAAAGGGGGUCUGAAGUGCAGAUUAUGGAGAGCUGUCUUGGAACACAGAACAAAAGACAGGGAAAAUGGAUAACUUCUGCCUUUCUCAUAUAUUUAAUUAAAUUAUUUGCCUUAUUUGUAAAUAAACCUUUGAAUGUUUCAUGCUAAUCACUUCAACAUGCAAGAGUUGCUCAUGCUGUGUUGCAUGCAUGCUAAAUAGAUUUGUGUCAAAUUAAAACCCAUACUCAAGCCUUAAAGAAA